GAGAACUUCAACUUUUGACUCCUGAAGAUACUAAUCGACCAAAACAAUACGCCCGUGCCACUGAAGCGGCAAGUAGAGAGCCACAGCGAAGGUUGGACCAUACUACUAGAGCUUUGAUUCGAGUUUGUCGGAGUUUUCGCUCCUCCUCACACUUAUCCGACAUUUGAAAAACAUCCUUCCACAGGUCCGGGUAUCCGGUCGCUUAUCGCGCAUUGUCGCUCACAUCUUGAUAUUCGAUAAAAUGGUUCACAAAGUUCUCUUCUGGAGCGGCUUCGGCAUCGCCGUCCGUCUCUGGCAACUCGGUAUCGAAAUGCGCCCUCUCCUGGGCAAGGAAUCCCUCUGGGUCUACCCCCUCUUCGCAGGUGUUGGAGGAAGCUUCGGUUAUUGGUUGCAAGGUGUUGAGAGCAGACAACAAAAGAUUCUCGCUGAACGACGAGAAGCCAUUCUUGAGAAGCGUCGACGAAGGGAUGAGCGCGAAGGUCUAAUUUCUAGAGCGGAGGAGGCUGGUGUUUUGGCUGCGACUUCUUGAAAAAUUUAUCCUUUUCCCUCGCGGUGAUUGAAAGAGUUCGAAGGAUAUCUGAAAUGAGGUCUAGGAUGAUGACAUGUCUAGGCCUCACUUGUACCACGAAUCCGCUGCAAAGCGUUCUCCAGAUAAGCGGGUUCAUAGAUUCAUGUAUUUCAAUAUUAAAUAAAAAUUUUACUUGUUGACCUGUAC